UGCGUGUUAUCUUACCAUAUAAAGGUCAUUAAUUAUAGCUGUCUGCACUAUACAGUCAUGAUGAAGACAUUCGUUGCGACCUGCCUGCUACUGGUGGCUUACGGCAGUGCUUUUACACUGCCUUUGCAUGAAAAUCCGGUAUACGGUUACCUUACUAAGUAUGGUGUACCAGAAGCAGAGAGGAUUCGCAAGGCUGAAGAGGCAGGACUGAGUAAUACCAGAAUUGUAGGUGGCUCUCCUGCUACUCUCGGACAAUUUCCUUAUCAGGGUGGUCUACUAAUCACCAUCGUCGUUAAUGGACAACCACGCACGGGCGUCUGCGGAGCUUCGCUUGUUACCACUAACAGACUAUUGACAGCUGCUCACUGCUGGUUCGAUGGCACCAACCAAGGCACGAGCGUAACGGUCGUUCUUGGUUCCGUGACACUCUUCAGCGGUGGCACCAGAGUUGAGACCAGUUCGAUUGUAAUGCAUCCGAAUUGGUCUCCUGCUACCAUUCGUAAUGAUGUGGCCGUCAUUUACCUACCCAGUCCCGUUACUUUGUCUGAUACAAUCAAUACGAUCGCUCUUCCAAGUGGACAGGAAUUACAAGAAAACUUUGUUGGAUCCUCGGCAGUCGCUUCUGGCUUUGGUCUGACCAGCAGCUCUGGAUCUAUAACGACAAACCAAGUCCUCAGUCACGUGAACCUCGACGUGAUAAAUAACUUUGUUUGCACAUUUGCUUUCCCCUUCGUCUUGCAAUCUUCAAACUUAUGCACAAGUGGACGCGGUGGUGUCGGCACUUGCCGUGGUGACUCCGGUGGCCCUCUUGUUGUUACAAGAAACAACCGUCCUAUCUUGAUUGGUAUUACAUCAUGGCUCUGGUCUCGGUUGCCAAGUGAACUUGCCUGCCGCAUAUGCCCGAGUUACAUCGUUCAUGAAUUUCUUCAAUCAACACCUUUAAAUGUUAUCGUUGAAAUAAAUAAAGUACUUAAACACGUUUUUAUUUAUUUAUUGCUAUUUAUUGCAUACCGCAACCUGCACAGAUUCUUUUCUAUACUACACACAGUCAUGAUGAAGACAUUCGGUGCGGGCUUCUUGUUUCUACUUGCAUACGCUACUGUCGCGGCGCUACCUCUAGACGAAAAUCCACUUUAUGGAUACCUCACUAAAUAUGGUGUACCAGAAGCAGAGAGGAUUCGCACAGCUGAAGAAGCGGGUCUGAGGGAUACCAGAAUCGUUGGUGGCUCUCCUGCUAGUCUUGGAGAAUUCCCUUACCAGGCCGGUCUGAUCGUCGCCAUCGUCAAUAAUGUAAACGUGGGUGUCUGCGGAGCGACGCUUGUUACCCCUACCAGACUGUUGACAGCUGCUCACUGCUGGUUCGAUGGUAUCAAUCAAGGUUGGCUCAUAACGGUUGUUCUUGGAUCGGUGACACUCUUUACCGGAGGCACCAGGGUUGACACUAGUUCUGUUAUACUGCACCCCGACUGGUUCCCGGUUCUUUACCGCAACGAUGUUGCUGUCAUCCAUCUGACGAGUCCUGUUGGUUUAUCGAAUAUAAUCGGCACAGCCAGUUUGCCAACUGGAGAGGAACUACAAGAAAACUUUGUUGGAUAUAUUGCGGUCGCGUCCGGUUUUGGUGUCACUACCAACGCUGGAUCUAUCAUGCCGAACCAAUACCUUAGUCGCGUGAACCUGGAAGUGAUAGAUAACAGCAUGUGCUCGUGGGCGUUCCCCGGCAUCUUGCAGCCUACAAACUUAUGUACGAGCGGAGUUGGUGGUGUCGGCACUUGUCGUGGUGACUCCGGUGGCCCUCUUGUUAUUACAAGAAACAACCGUCGUAUUUUGAUUGGUAUUACAUCAUUUGGCUCUGGUUUCGGUUGCGAAAUAGGCUUCCCUGCUGCCUAUGCCCGUGUGACUUCAUUCAUCGACUUCUUUAAUAAGCAUAUUUAAAUUUAUAAGUAUAAUAUUUUUAAAUAAAUAAAACAUACAUUCAUUUUA